GCUCAGGGAGUGAGGACAGGAAACUAAACCUGCUAUCGUCUUUUUCUUGUUCAGCUUUGGUAUGCUAAACUCCUUACUUUUGAAUCUUUAUGUGGACAACAGAUGAAGAGAUAUAUGUAAUUUUAGUAGAUCUGAGGUAGCCGUUUAAGCAGGAGAUGGCGCUGCUGAGCCACACGACUGAGCAAGUUGGCUGUGAAAGCCUGGAGAAAUGGGAGCCAAUUGGCUCUGGGGGAUUUGGUCAUGUCUACAAAGCCAGGCACAAGGACUGGGGGUUUGAUGUGGCCGUUAAGCUACUUCGUGAUGAUGUUGGGUAUCAUUCUAGUACCCUCAUGCCCAAGGAGAAAGCACUGUAUGAAGAAGUUAAUCAUAUGGAUAAGGCUUCCUGUGAGUUUGUGCUGAGGGUUUAUGGAAUUUGUGAGGGAAUUCUGCCAUUCGGAGGACUCUCCAUGCAAAAGGGAAUAGUCAUGGAGUUCAUGGGCAGAGGAUCGGUUCAGGCCCUGCUGACUAAACUGUCUGGCCCUCCGCCGUGGCCCCUGGCCUUCCGCUUUGCCCAUCAAGUGGCUCUAGGCAUGAACUUCCUCCAUUCAAGGAACCUUAUGCACCACGACCUGAAGCCAAGUAAUGUGCUGCUGAAUGAUGACCUUAAUGCCAAGCUAGCAGACUUUGGUCUGUCCAGGGUUUCCACCAGUGCUUCUAACAGCAAGAGAGAAACGACAGGAGAGGUGGGAGGCACAUACAAGUACAUGCCUCCUGAGGCUUUUGAAGCAUCAUAUGAACCCGUCCGUGCUUUUGACAGAUACAGCUAUGGUAUCCUUCUCUGGUCUAUUGUUACUGGGAAGGAGCCCUAUCCAUUGGCUAACUGGAGUCUUGUGGCGCUGAAGAUUCCUGAAGGGCAAAGACCUUGCUGCGAGGAAAUUAACCAGAGCAAGGCGGAAGGGUUAAAAGAGCUGGUUGACCUCAUGAAGAUGUGCUGGGACAAGAAUCCCUCCAAGAGGCCCACCUUUAAAGAGUGCCUUAAAGUCACUGAGAAUGUUUUCUCAGAGCACAAGAAUGGAAUUCAUGCUGCAGUCCAUCAAGUCUUGAGAAGACUGGAGUCACCAACCAAUUAUCAACACUCAAACACAAGUAUGCCGUUCAGUUCUUCCCCUCAGACACCAGAACAGUCAAAGUCACAUGAUACUGUGGAUCAUGUCAUAUUACAAAACAUGGAAAGGUCACCAACACAGGAGUCAGUCAGUGUUUCUAUUAAAACAAUGAGUGACACAGAUAAAGCAAAGUUCGUUGAUGACAACAGAGCAGUGUUAAUUCAAGAUGUGUCCGAGGUAAUGGCAAUAGUAGACGAUCUUGGAGACAUGGUCCACAGUGAAACCUACUCAGUGAUUGAAGCUAAACAGACAAGCCAGGAGAAAAUGAGAGUGCUUUUUCGUAGGACAUUUCGUUCAGGAGGGGUCACUGCCAAAGCUGUCUUCUAUGAUGUCCUCAAAACACAUCAACCCAAACUAGUGGAGAGGCUCGGUGGGUAAUUCUGAAGCAAGUGUGGCCUUCCUGCAUUUUAUCCACGUGUCAGAGACUUUCCCUGCCUCUCCUUCUACGUGUUCAUCUUAUACAAAAAAUGUAUAGAUUUCAUUCAUUUUUCCAUAUGUUUUUUGGUAACAUUUUACAUACUAUA